AUGCUCCUCGGCUCCACAAAACCUCUCCACCACCUCUCAGCCACAAAACUCCUACCUCUCCGCCACCUCAAAACCCUCUCCUCUCCCACCACAACCACCACCGCCACCACCAAUACCAACAAAGACACCUACUUCUCCGUAAUCCACCACAUAACAAACAUAGUCCGUAAAGAAGUCUACCCUGAACGCACUCUCAACAAACUAAACCUCCCUAUCAGUUCAGAACUCGUGUUUCGGGUACUCCGCGCGUGCUCCAACUCUCCUUCCGAAUCCCUCCGUUUUUUCAACUGGGCUCGCUCUUAUUACUCUCCUACUACUAUAGAAUAUGAAGAACUUAUCAAAACCCUCGCCUGUAACAAGAAAUAUGCGUCAAUGUGGAAACUCAUAGCCCAAAUCAAAGACAACUUCGGCGACAAAUUCCAUGUUUCUUCUAAUGCUGUUUGUUUUAUCAUCGAAGAGUAUGGUAAGCAUGGUUUGGUUGAUCAAGCUGUUGAGGUUUUUAAUAAAUGUAGAAGUUUAAAUUGCGAACAAAGUGUUUGUGUUUAUAAUUCUUUGCUUUACGCUUUGUGCGAGGUGAAAAUGUUUCAUGGUGCUUAUGCUUUGAUUAGGAGAAUGAUUAGAAAGGGGAUAGUGCCGGAUAAAAGGACUUAUGGGGUUCUUGUAAAUGGGUGGUGUUCAAGUGGGAAGUUACGAGAGGCGAAAGAGUUUUUAGAGGAAAUGAGUAAGAAGGGGUUUAAUCCUCCAGUGAGAGGGAGGGAUUUGCUGAUUGAAGGGUUGUUGAAUGCUGGAUAUUUGGAGUCGGCGAAGGAUAUGGUUAGGAGGAUGAUGAAGGAAGGGUUUGUGCCGGAUGUUCAUACGUUUAAUUCAUUGGUUGAGGCGGUUUGUAAUGUGGGGGAGGUUGAUUUUUGUGUUGAUAUGUAUCAUAGUGUGUGUAAGUUGGGGUUCUGUCCGGAUAUUAACAGUUAUAAGAUUUUGAUUCCGGCUGUUUCGAAGGUGGGUAGGAUUGAUGAGGCUUUUAGGUUGUUGCAUAAUUUGGUUGAGGAUGGGCAUAAGCCAUUUCCUAGUUUGUAUGCGCCAAUAAUUAAGGGGAUGUGUAGGAGAGGGCAGUUUGAUGAUGCGUUUUGUUUCUUUAGUGAGAUGAAAGUGAAGGGACAUCCUCCAAAUAGGCCGGUCUAUACAAUGUUGAUAACAAUGUGUGGACGUGGAGGGAAGCAUGUGGAAGCAGCAAAUUAUUUGGUGGAGAUGACAGAGAUAGGUUUGGUGCCAAUUUCUAGGUGCUUUGAUAUGGUUACCGAUGGGUUGAAGAACUGUGGAAAGCAUGAUUUGGCUAAGAGGAUAGAGCAGUUGGAAGUGUCUCUCCGUGGUGCUUGA